AUUUCCAGUUACAGUCUGUUACAGUACCGACUCUCAAUAUUUAAUUGUUAUUAUUUUUGAUUUUCUGAAUUAAAUUAACAUGGAUACAGUAAUGGCGAAGGGCAAACCAUUAUCUAAAGAUGAAACUAAGGCUUUGCUGCAACUUAUUGAAAAUAGUCGCAUUAUAACUACUAAAUGUACCAACACCACCAACAACAAAUUAAAAAUAGAGGAGUGGACCAAAAUAACGGAACAAUUCAACGCAACGGCUACAACUUGUCGCAGAACGCCUCAGCAGCUUAGGUUGAAAUGGGAAAACCUUAAAAAAAACUCCCGUAAACGAGCAACGAAAAUAAGAAUGAACAACAUACAGACUGGUGGAGGUGCUCCUGAUUACAUACCCCCAGAUGAUAUAUUGGACCGUGUCGCUAGUGUCCUGGGGAGUACAGUUAGCGGGUUCACAGUACCCUUUGGAGGCGACAAGGAAGAUAUUGGUGAUGGUAUCUGUGUUGGUGAUGGAGUUGGUGGUGGUGUUGGUGAUGGUGUUAGUGGUGGUGUUGGUGAUGGUAUUGUUGGUGCUAGCGAUAGUGAGGGUCGGGAUAUGUUGAUCUUGCCUGAUGAAAUAGUUACAGUUGUAUCCUUGUCUGAGGAUAUAGCUGUCUCUGGUGCCCCGGUCAUGCUGCCAACUCCAGAGAGACCAAAGCCAUUUACAUUUAAUUCUUUUCAGACUCCUAGAAGGGCUGGUAAUGAUUUUUUUAUUUUAAAUAAGGAGAAAUUAACCAAUAGUACAAUAGCAAAUGAAAAAUUAAAAUUAGAAUAUGAAAAAUUAAAAUUAGAAUAUGAAAAAUUAAAAUUAGAAUAUGAAAAAGUAAAACCAGAAUUAGAAAAUAACAGAUUAGAAACUGAAUAUUACAAAUUAGAAAAUGAAAAAUUAAAAUUAGAAAUUGCUAAUUUAAAGAAAUAG